AUGCUGAACAGUCGAUUUGAAACGACCUACGUCGCACCAUCGCACGUCAUCAUACGUGACGUGAACACCGGUACCAAAACAAAUUUGGUGUCACAGAAGGGCUAUGCAAUCGAAAACCUCAAGAUGAUGGGAAAAGAUCGCUAUGUGAUCGCGUAUACAACAUCGUCGCUGAUCUUGGCCGACAAUGAAACAGGGCUCGCAUCAGAAAUCGACUGGCAAUCGGGUGGCAAUGAAAAAUUUUAUUUUGAAUUCCAACAUGUAUGCGUAAUUGUAAAUGUCGGUGAGAUAACGGUCGUCGAAUAUGGUAUUGAUGGGCCACUCGGUUGGGUAAGAACUGAACUGACCAGCCGCCAUCUAAUCAGUGUGAGUGUCACCAAAGGAGGUCCGAGUUCAACACCGAUGAAGAAAAUCGCUUACCUCACAGAUCCUACCUCAUUAACCAUCAGUACGUCCGAUUUCCUUUAUGAUUUUUAA